AUGAUCGUUCGUUUUCUAGGGAAUUUAGAGGUUAUGGAGUGCCAGAAGGUGAUUAAGCUAUGCUCAAUAAUUAGAGGAGGAGUCUCCUCUUGUUGUUGGUUAGGGGCGGAACCCACUAGGGGUGCCAAUCUUAUACACUGGUAUGACGAUGUCAAUCCUGACCUACUUCACUUCAAAAGCUCGCAACUCCUGUUUUCUAAAGAGUUCCUUGUAGAGUACCUGGCCCUUUGUUCACAAUCUCCCUUAGCUAUGAUGAGUAUAAAAGAUACCCUAAUGAUAAGGGAGCCGAUGCUUCAGGAUGUUAAACAGGGGAAAUUUGACAAGGUUAUCCUCCGCCAAAAAGAGUUGGAGAAGGAGGUCUCAGAUUUGACCGAUGAACUGGUGCCAGUUGUUAGUGUAUCCUUUAAGAGGGCAAAAGAAGAAGUUAUAUUUUUGUACCCACCUUUGGAUCUGAGCCUUUUGGAUCCUUUCAAGGUCGUGAAAGGUGGGGUGAUGGUGGAUGAGGAGGUGACGACCCCUCAUGAACCCGAACCUUUCCCCUCUCUAGCGGAAGGAGUGGUCCGAGAGGGUGGUGAUCCUGAGAGUCUACAUCUGGAGCCAACUAUUGAGGAGGAAAUCCUCUAA